ACUUUCCUCAGUCAUUAUGUGGCCUGCACAUGGCCUUUGCUAAAAUGCUCUAAGAGGUUUACCGCUCCCAGAGUCUCAGAGAAACAACAGACUUAUAAGUGCAGCAACAAAUUGCUUGGAAGCUGUACUUCUCUACUGCUCGUAACUCCAAAUUUACUAGGGGGAAGGUUUGCAAAAUAAUUGGCUACAUCGUGAGCGGAGUCUCAAAAUGAAUCCCGCUGUAAUUGGCCUUCGCCAGGAAAGCAAUAAUUCUGCAUUAUUACUUUGUAUGCAUUCAUUUUGCGGGCCAAGACAACAACGGAGAGCUCAGGACCGCUCCACUCGCGUGUCUCACACUCUGUCCCAGAUAACUCAAGGGUUAAUCUGAAGAAGUGGUCGCCAUGGAUACCACCACGUCCCUCAAAACCACCACUCUGGCCAUUCAGAGUCUGUUUAGCUACGUGGAGGAGGAGAACCUACCUGCCAUCAGAGCACACCUGGAGAAGUUCAGGGAAGUGGACAGCAGAAGUGAUAAUGGCCAGACUCCCCUGAUGGUGGCAGCAGAGCAGGGCAGCCUGGAGAUCGUACAGGAGCUCAUAAGGAGGGGGGCCAAUAUUAACCUGGAUGAUGUGGAUUGCUGGACUGCUCUGAUAUCGGCUGCUAAGGAGGGGCACAUAGAUGUGGUGAAGGAGCUCCUGGCCAACAAUGCCAACCUGGAGAACCGAGACAUGGGAGGCUGGACUGCUCUCAUGUGGGCUGCCUAUAAGGGUCGGACAGAGGUAGCACUCCUGCUACUGGAGAAAGGUGCCAACGCCAACAUCACUGGUCAGUACAGCGUGUACCCCAUCAUCUGGGCAGCGGGGCGAGGCCAUGCUGAGAUCGUCCAUCUCCUCCUGGAACAUGGGGCCAAAGUCAACUGCUCUGACAAGUAUGGUACCACCCCUCUGAUUUGGGCUGCCAGGAAGGGCCACUAUGAGUGCGUGACGCACCUGCUGGAGAACGGUGCUGAUGCGGACCAGGAAGGGGCGAACUCCAUGACGGCCCUGAUCGUGGCGGUGAAGGGAGGCUACACUAACGUGGUGAAGGAGCUGCUGAAGAGGAACCCCAAUGUCAACAUGACGGAGAAGGACGGCAACACCGCCCUCAUGAUCGCCGCCAUCGAGGGCCACACGGAGAUCGUGCAGGACCUGCUGGACAUGGGGACCUACGUCAACAUACCAGACAGGAGUGGGGACACUGUGCUGAUCGCAGCAGUCAGAGGAGGCCAAGUGGACAUUGUGCGAGCCCUGCUGAACAAAUACGCUGACAUUGACGUCAGAGGGCAGGAUAGCAAGACUGCUCUGUAUUGGGCUGUGGAGAAGGGCAAUGCCACCAUGGUACGAGACAUCCUGCAGUGUAACCCUGACACAGAGGCCUGCACCAAGGAUGCUGAGACCCCCCUGAUCAAGGCCACCAAGAUGAGGAACAUUGAGAUUGUGGAGCUGCUCCUGGACAAAGGAGCCAGAGUGUCCGCUGUGGAUAAGAAAGGAGACACUGCCCUCCACAUAGCUAUACGGGGGCGGAGCAGGAAGUUGGCUGAGCUCUUGCUGCGGAACCCAAAGGAUGGCCGCCUUCUCUACCGGCCCAACAAGGAGGGCGAGACCCCUUACAACAUCGACUGCACCCACCAGAAGAGCAUCCUUACGCAGAUCUUUGGAGCCAAGCACCUGUCCCCCUCCGAGGCCGACGGGGACAUGUUGGGCUACGACCUGUACAGCAGCGCCCUGGCCGACAUCCUGAGCGAGCCCACCAUGCAGCCGCCCAUCUGUGUGGGCCUGUACGCCCAGUGGGGCAGCGGCAAGUCCUUCCUGCUCAAGAAACUGGAGGAUGAGAUGAAGACGUUUGCUGGCCAGCAGGUGCGGCCCCUGUUCCAGUUCUCCUGGCUGGUGGUGAUCCUGACGCUGCUGCUGUGUGGCUCGGUGGCCUUCAUCCUGGGCUUCACUGUUGACCCCCGGCUGGCCAUCGCCGUCUCCCUCAGCCUGCUGGCCCUCCUCUACAUCUUCUUUGUGGUGGUGUACUUUGGGAGCCGGCGCGAGGGCGAGAGCUGGAACUGGGCUUGGGUGGUGAGCACUGGGUUGGCCCGCCACAUAGGCUACAUGGAGCUUCUUCUCAAACUGAUGUUUGUCAACGCACCAGAGCUGCCUGAGCAGACCACUCGGGCCCUGCCUGUCAGGUUCCUGUUCACAGACUACAACCGUCUGUCGAGCGUGGGGGGCGAGACGUCCAUGGCAGAGAUGAUCGCCACGCUGUCGGACGCCUGCGAGAGGGAGUUUGGCUUCAUGGCCACCCGGCUCUUCAGGGUGUUCAAGAACAACGAGACAAAAGCCAAGAAGUGGAAGAAGACGUGCUGCGUGCCGUCCUUCGUGCUGUUUGCGUUGACGCUGGGCUGCCUGGUGACGGGCCUGGCGCUGCUGGCCAUCUUCCGGGCCGACUGGGAGAACGUGACGGUGACCAGCGUGCUGGUGGCCAUGGCCAGCGUGGUGGGGCUGGCCGUGCUGCUCAACUGCCGCACUUGGUGGCAGGUGGCCGACUCGGUGCUCCACUCGCAGCGCAAGCGCCUGCACAGCGCCGCCGACAGCAUGCACAAGCUCAAGAGCGAGGGCUUCAUGAAGGUGCUCAAGUGUGAGGUGGAGCUCAUGGCUAAGAUGGCCAAGGCCAUCGACGGCUUCACCCAGAACCAAACCCGUCUGGUGGUCAUCAUCGACGGCCUGGACUCCUGCGAACAGGACAAAGUGCUACAGAUGCUGGACACGGUGAGGGUGCUGUUCUCCAAGGGUCCGUUCAUCUCCGUCUUCGCCAGCGACCCACACAUCAUCAUCAAGGCCAUCAACCAGAACCUGAACAGUGUGCUGCGCGACUCCAACAUCAACGGCCACGACUACAUGCGCAACAUCGUACACCUGCCCGUCUUCCUCAACAGCCGCGGACUGAACAACGGCAAAAAGAUCUGCCUGGCCGUGCCCACCAAUGGAGACAUGGGCAACGCAGAAGUCUGGCAUGAGGACGUAGACAGGAAGCUGUCUCAGAACAAUCUGGGUCAAGAUCAGGCCAAGAUGGGCAGCAGGACGGCACUCAACCGCAGGGACACGUACCGCAGGAGACAGAUGCAGCGCACCGUCACGCGUCAGCUGUCCUUCGACCUGACCAAGCUGCUGGUGACUGAAGACUGGUUCAGUGACAUCAGCCCUCAGACUAUGAGAAGGCUCCUCAACAUUGUAUCAGUCACAGGACGUCUCCUGAGGGCCAAUCAGAUCGUGUUCAACUGGGACCGGCUGGCGUCGUGGAUCAACCUGACUGAGGAGUGGCCCUACCGUACGUCCUGGCUCAUCCUGUUCCUCGAGGAAACGGACGGUGUGACGGACCAAGUCGCGCUCAAGACCAUCUAUGAGAGAAUCUCCAAGAACGUCCCGACCACCAAAGACGUGGAGCCGCUGCUGGAGAUCGAUGGUGACAUCCGUAGCUUCGAGGUGUUCCUGUCGUCACGAACACCGGUCCUGACGGUGCGCGAUGUGGAGAUGUUCCUGCCCUGCACCGUCAACCUGGACCCCAAACUCCGGGAGAUCAUUGCAGAUGUCCGUGAUGCCAGGGAGCAGAUGCACAUCGGAGGAGUGGGCUAUCCCACACUGCCCCUGCAGGAGGUCUCUGCUCGCAGCGGGGCGUCUGCGUUCGGCCAGCACGGCCCAGCCUGCUCCCCCGGAGGCUCCCUGCCCGGGCCCUUCCCCCCCGGUGGGCCGAUGCCCCCUCAGCACCACAGCAGCUACUACAGCGGCCUCACCGGCCCACAGCACCCCUUCUACAACAGGCCAUAUUUCCCGCACCAUGUCUAUCACCUGCCGAGGCAUUACUCUGCCAUUCCCCAUCAUGCCCCUCCAUCACGCCCACCCACUAAAGCCGGCUUUCACAAGGACCCCAAUGGACUCGACGCUAUCAAAGAGGAUGCCCGUGAGGCCACCCCGCCCCCCUCUCCCAUGUUGAAGACGCAGGCUUCCAAAGCCAAGCAGGCCCCUGGUUCCGGCGUGGCCGCUGCUCCGUGGAUCCCCCUGAGCUCCAUGAGCACGGACGCCGUGUGCGAGCGCGUGAAGCAGACCGAGGGCCUGGACACCAGCAUGCUGGAGCAGUACACCUCCACCAUCAAGAAGGCCAAUGUGAAUGGAAGAGUCUUAUCUCAGUGCAACCUGGAUGAACUGAAGAACGAGAUGAACAUGAACUUUGGUGACUGGCAGCUCUUCAGAGCACUGGUUAUGGAGCAGCGCCAUGCAGAGAGCCAGCCACUGCACGACGACUCCCGCACGGGCAGUGAGCUGGGCAGCAUCGUGGGGGGUCCUGUGGAGCCCAGCAGGCGCCCCGGAGGGCCACCUGAUGCCGCCGCGCUCCCCUCAGAGGAGGCCAUGCGGUACAGCCUGAACCUGAGCUUCGAGGAGCUCAGCAACGUGGGCCUGGAGGAGCCACCGAGACACAGCAGCUCCCACUGGACGGCCCCGAAUCACAUGACCACCAGCAUGACGAGCCUGAACUCCCAGGAGUCUUCCAACGACAUCUGCAAGCUGACCGACAUGCAGCAGGCCGAGUACCACACUGCCUACCAGGAGUACAUCGCCCAGAUGUCCCAGCUGGAGGUCCUGGGCGCUGGGAUGGAGGACAAGGCCAAGGAGGGUGAGCCGGACGGCCGCAAACCCUUUCCCAAGACUCGGUCUAAAGUCACGGAUGCUAGUGACGGAGACGCCAACGCCCAGCUAGACCCGAUCACAGAGGAGGAUGAGAAGCCUGACCCCAGCGCCACCGCCAGAGCCCUCCUGAGCCGCAAAACCAAGGGCCCGGGGGCACACUACCACAAGGUGCCCAGCGACGAGGACGAGUCCGGGGAAGAGGAGUCGGACAGCACCCCGCUCCUGAGUGAGGAGAAGAGGCGCCAGGAGGCUGAAGCCCAGGCACCCGAGAGCGUUCACCUGCUGGCCAAGGGGAAAGACUACCUGUCUGAGAUCCUCCUGGAUAAGAAAGACUCGCCGGACUCCGGCCUGCGCUCCAGUGGAAGCUCCUCCGACCGUUCCCUGCAGGAUACCGGCUCCGAACCAGAGAAGGCCGAGCCAGAACCAGAGCCGGAGAGGUCCGACCUGAUCGAGCUGCUGGAGCCCGAGGGCCUGGUGAGGAAGCGCAACCUUCCCAGGAACCUGAGCGGCCUGCAGGACCCGGCGGUGAUGCGCAUGUCCAUCUGCUCGGAGGCUCCGUCGGAGGGCAGCGUCUUGACCAGCAGCCCCGAGGAGAACUGGCCCGCCUCGGCCGUCACCAACCUCAACCACUCGGCCAGCAGCAGCACCCUCAACAACAACAACAGCGCCAACUCCCAGCAUGCCUUGCAGGAGACCACCACUGCUGUCGACGACCCGCCGAUCAUCAUCAGGCCGGGCUCCACUAACACCUCCACCUCCAUCACCACCACUGCUGUCCUGCACAACAAGAAUCUGGGGGCCAUCCACGCAGACGAGGAGCGUGAGAGUGUCCUGUGAAGCGGCCCAAGGGGAGCGCACUACCUGCAGCCAUCUCGAGCGUUGAAGCCAUAUCUGUGAGGGAGGUGAAAUGAAAAGCUAAACUGUGGAGAGUUCAAAACAUCAGUACAGUUAUAAUAUCUUGGUUUAAGAACAAUUCUUUUGAAAUGUAAAGUGUCAAACAUUUCUUAUAACUCAAUCUUUGGGGAGGAGCGAGACUUUCUGGCUGCCUAGAUGUGAAGUUACUCAAUAUUUGCUGGAAGAACUUUAUUUAAUUUACAAAGUGUGAUCAAUAUGUGUCAAAUGAUUCAAAAGCAUGUUUGAUUUAGAAAUAAAGUGUCGUUUUGGUGUUACCUGAAGUUUUGUGAAGUGUGAGCUGUGUGAGUUGUGAACUGUGAUGUUACGAUGAGUCAUGUAGGGUGUAUUAAUGUGUUGUCUGUAUGUGAAGUGUUGAGACACUUAAGUCCAGAUGUGUAGGAUUACAAAAAUUGUGUGUGGUUUUACUCGCUUCACAAAAUACCCCUAAAUACCCUUCAAAAAUCCUCCAAACUGCCUUAUUUAUCUGUUUAUCUGGUAAGUCAGUGGUGUAAGGAAAGGUUCAUUGAAAGUUCAAGGUUCAUUGACACGCUUGCAUAAUUGUAUGCUGUUUGAUGUGUGGGUGUGUUGUGAUGGUUGAAGAAUCUCCUUUCUUGAAACGCUGUGACUAUUAUGUUGAGCAGAUUAAAUCUUCAGAUGUUGUGAGCCAAAUCGAUGUGAAAAAAUAGAUGUUACAAGUCGCUGUCACGUGACAUGGCAGCACUGUGGGAAAUAUUUUGCAAUCACUGUUGCUGUGUCUUAGUAGAUGUACCUUGUCUUUGUCUCUCUAAAAAAAUAAACAUGUCUGGCUACAAAAAUA